AUGAAAGCCUCACAUACCUAGCGAAAAGCCGUUAAGUUAGAUCAGAAUAUUUUAAUCCGACAGAUGGCGAGGCAUGACAUUAACUGUCAGAAGAUUAUGUCACUGUCACCGUUUCACAACAAAGACGAAAGUUUUGUGAGUUAAUUCAAACGAAAGUUUAUUAUGUUCAAAACAUGGCACGAUUUUGUUUAGAUGGCAGCGACGAGUACUGUUUGGCUCUCUCCGACCAGCCAAAACGUUUUGACGCCGAUAGUCCAGUCACGAAUGUAUUUUUCGACGACAGUAAUGGACAGGUUUUUACAGUUAGAUCUGGGGGCGUUACAGGCGUCACGGUCAAUGGCAUGGACGAAUCAAAAUCCACUUCAUUCCGUAUGGAAGACCGAGGACCAAUAAUAUCAAUAAAAUUCUCACCAGAUCUGAAAAUACUUGCAAUACAGAGAAACCAAGACACUCAGAAUGCUACUGUAGAAUUCGUGAACUUCAAAGACUUGGCCCCUACUAAUGUUGAAUACUCACACACAUGUAAAUGGAAGAAUGCAAAGAUAUUGGGUUUUGUUUGGCCCAAAGUAAAUGAGAUUACCUUUAUAACGGACCAUGGCAUUGAAUUACUACAAGUUUUGCCAGAGAAGAAACAGUUGAAGAGUUUAAAAAACACUUCUUUCAGCUGUGCAUGGUUCUCAUGGUGCUCUCAAAGCAACAUCGUGCUGCUGGCCGGCAACAACGGGCUGCUGCUACAGCCCUUCUCUCUCAACAACUCCACCAUCACCAAGCUGCAGAAACUAGAGUUGGAGGCUACAAGACCAGUAGUGGAGCGCGACGUGUUCAUCCUGCGGCUGUGCGAGGCGACCUGGUGCGCCGUGUUCAGGCACGGACACUGUGCCACCGUCUCCGCUCCUGGACCCACUGAGGUAUGGCUGAUGCCCAUCACGGGCCCUGCGGGCCUCCACAGCACACAUGUGCUGAAGACAGGGCUGGUCGGCAGGUUCGCCGUCAACGUGGUCGACGAUCUGAUCGUCGUGCAUCAUCAGGCUUCCCAAUCUUCUCAAAUAUUCGACAUUAUGGAGGAGUCGCGGGCGGAGAACAACUGCAUCAUACACAUACCCGUCGUGCCCGGAGUCAGCAUGAAGCCCGCGCUAGUCGGGGACAUGCUCUGUCCUAUGUACUCGGACACGUGGGUGGUGUUCCAGCCGGACUACAUCAUCGACGCGCGCCUCGGCUGUCUGUGGCGCGUGCGCCUCGUGCCCUCCGGACUGGCGCAUGAGCUCCCAAAAGAUGAGCUAGCGAAGAUAGUGGCCGUACUACUGCGGCGGACAGACGGACGAGACGCCAUCUACCGGCUGCUCAACCAGCUCGUGACGCAGGCCGGCUGCUACCUCGCGCAGCUGUCGCACGUCUUCGACGAGAUACACGCGCUCUACAGAAAGUGGGCGGAACUAGAAGUGGCUCGAAACACGGCGGGUCAGUCCCCCGCGCCACAGCACACGCAGCAGUUCCGCGUGCUGGUGUCGCAGCCCGACGCCUGCGCGCUGCUGCAGCAGCACGCCGCCGACCAGUUCCUCGUGCAGGUAGUAACAGCAUACGUCGCUUCCCUCUGCCGCAACUCGCUGGUCAUCCAACCAGUGACCUCUGAACUAAUGGUCCGCGCACUUGUAACGCGGGGCAGUGCGGCACGGUUACGCGCGGCGCUGCGGCGCGGGGCGCUGGGAGAUGCGAGGGCUCUCGCCUGCGCGCUGCUGUCGCUGGGGCAUCUUGACCCUGCGGCUGCACAGCUGGCUUUGGAUAUGCUGUGGCGGUUGAAGGCUUAUGAGGAAGUUGUAGAAGUCCUGCUGAGUUGGGAAGAGCCGGUAGGUGCCGCCGGGGCCGCGCGGCAGGCCGGCGCCACCUGGCUGUCCCUCCCGCCGCGCAAGCUGCUGGCGGCGGCGCGGGCGCAUGCACAGGCUCACGGUAGGCCCACCGCCUUCACCGCGAUAUACCACGCGCUGCAGAACAGGAAUGAGCGGACUAGAGGAUCUCCACACUUCUUGAAAGGGGAGCAAUGCGACAGUUACGUGGAGUACUACAAGCAGAUUACUUCUGAACCGCCAGAGAAGACAAUCGCCCCGGAUACUCAAUGAGAUUAACGAUGUUCACUCAUGUUAAUAACUAUAAUCUUGUUUACACCUUUGUUAGAACCAUUAUUAUCUUCAAAUGGCGACAUCAUUAACGUGCAAGAUUGUGUAUGUAUCAAAAAUAUAUUAUGCAGUUGGCGGUUCUCAUGAUGAUUGCCACUCUAAACUCUAAUAUGUUGCCGAAUAAUCUCGAUGUAUCCUGCUUUGUUUUAUUAUUAUUUAUUUAUAUGUUUAUAUUCACUGUAAUUUUUAAUAGUGUUUAGUUGAAUUCCUCGCAUUUGUCCAAUGGAAUAAAUACCUAAUAUAUUUAAUGGAAAUUCAUAAUUUAAAAUUAAUAUUACUUGUGUUAACAUUUUCAUAAAACUAUGACAAAGAUGGUAUCUGCAAGAGUACACUAUCUUUCAUUGUUUAUCAUUAAAAUUUUAUAGGUGUAAUAAUUUUGACAAAAUAUGUAUAAUUAUUAUAACAAUGUUUCUGUAAUUAGUGGAAAUUAUUGUGUAAAUUGUAAAUACGUGAAUGUUUGUAAAAAUGUUGAUUAGUUACCUAAUUAAGUAAUGCAAUGUAUAUUUUGUUAUGAAUAUAGACAAAUGUUAUUUUGA